GCCUUGGCGGAAUAAUAUAGUUUAUACAAUCACCUUGGAACCAAAAUGGCGACGAAGUGCUGCUUAUUAACAUGUACUAGAAAAAUGAUAAUGUAAAUGCACAUACAUUUGUUGUGUUAGGGGCAUUAUGUGUUUCUAACUAAAAAUGUGAAGGCAUUGCAGAGGAAAGUCGUUGCAGAGGAAAUCUGUCAGACAUGUCUCGAGAAUUAUUUCGACCACAGUAUCGACAAAUCAGCAGAAAGAACGGAUGGACUUGCCCACCCCACCCUCUACAGUUUGUGGCCUGGCUGUUUGUUCUGUAUUUUUCUUUCGUAAACUUCACAACCCUGGUUCCACAUUUACAUCCAGAUGCUCAGGCAGCUGUUUAUGCUAUCACGGGCCUUACUUUGUUAUCCCACAUUAUUACACAUAUUGUGGCUAGCACCAUAGACCCAGCAGAUUCAGCAGUGCUUAAAGGCAGUCAGAAAAGGAAGCCAUUCGACAGAAAAAGACAUUCUCAUGUUAUUGAUGAAAAUAUGCACUGCUACAUCUGUGAAACAGAUGUGGCCUCAAAAUCUAAGCACUGCAGUGCCUGUAAUAAGUGUGUAGCAGAGUUUGAUCAUCACUGUAAAUGGCUAAACAACUGUGUAGGAGGCAAAAACUACAGAUGGUUUCUGGCUGUGUUGGUGACAGGGAUAUUGGGUGUACUAUUUGUUCUUCUAUUGUCUCUGGUGGAGUUUGUGUCGUACUACAGUGAUAAGACAGAGGGCAAAGUUAUACUGCCUUAUAUUGAUUUCAUAGCAAACAGAAACAGUACCAUUGAGUUCAAGAUCUGCUAUGUUGGUGUGCCUGAUGGUGGAUUCCUGGCCUUAGUGGGUGUCACAGCCAUUUUCUUGCUUCUGGCAUUAGGACUACUUAUUCACCUUUUUGCCUUCCAUUGUUACUUAAUGUAUAAUAAGAUGACAACAUAUGAAUACAUAGUUCAUCAACGUGAAAGACAAGAAAAUGAUUACAACACAGAUGUACCUCCAAGCAGUCAGAGAGAGAAGAAAAAGUCAAAAAUGAAAAACCGAGUGGAACCAAGCAAAGUCAGAGGAGGUGGAGACAAAAUGUCAUCAUCCUCUGAUGUAAAUGACAAUGGUGGGCUGAAUUAUCAGAGAAUGUUAGAGGAGGCAGAGCGUCAGCGGACAGAUGGAGAGACUCCACCACCCCUGACCUCCCCCAUACACCACACAGACAACAACAACACUUUUGACAAGUACAUUCGAGUUGAUGACAGCGAUGGAAGCAAUACAGUGAAAAAAUUACGGAGGAAGAAAAGGAGGAGUAUCCGGGGGUCUCAGUUUGGACAGAGCACUGGGGGAGACUUCCAGGAAUCCGACAGCAAAAUAUCUACCAUUGACAAUCCCUCUUUGUACCAUUCAAAAUCUUUAAAGACGCACAUGGAUGCUUCAGUGAGAAAGCACAUGCAGAAAUUUAUGCCCAGUGUUCAUGAAAAUAAAAGUUAUCAUUCUGACACGGAGGAUUCUCACAGUGAGGCUUCACCAAAGAAUGUGAUAAGGGGAGAUAAUUCUCAUGAAGUAAGUCCAGACUCUGGUAUCAAUUCACAGGAUUCUAUCCGCAAAAGUAAACGAGUGAGGCGUAAAAGAUAUCGCAAGCCCAAACAAAUGGAUGUGGAAGAAGAAGAAAAUGAAGACUUGAAUUCCACCACAAUUUUCUCAGUAAAUGGCACCGCCAAAUUUAAUGCAGAUGGUAGUUUGAAUUACAAAGAUGGUUUUCGAGAGUUACCUUUAACACCUGUUCAACUAAGAAAACACAAGAAUACCAGUGAUCCUAAACCUGUAGAAGUGCCAAAAUUAGACUUGGAGGCCCUGAGGGGAAGUCAUGAGAGUAUUUCGUAUCAGCCUGUUAGUUCUCUGAGAUCAUCUGAUACAUAUCGAGCGGUGCUAGGAGGAAUUCCAGAGAGAUCGUCCUAUGAUACGGAGGUCUAGUCAGUUUUGAAAUAUUGUCUGUUUCUUGUGGAGUAUAGCUGAAUCUAUCCUCUUGUUGUCUAUUUGUGUGUUUCACUAUCAAAUUAGAUGUGGCAAAUUGAAAUAUGAGCUCUUUCUGUGUACUUUCUAUUUUACCUAUGGAUAAUUAAGAUACUUGUAUGAUUAUUUUUUAGUAUAUUUGUGCAUACAAACACAUAUGCAAUCGUACCAAUUUGAUACCUUCCAUAGUCUUUUCCAGGUUGUUUUUUUUUUAACUACAAACCUAAUCACACAGUAAUGGAUGAAAUUUUUUAAAGUGCGACAGAAUUUAAUGAUACAGUGCAUUGUAGCAAGUUUGUCGGGAAAUGGAAAAGGUCAUAGUUAUACAUCGGAACAGAUAGUUUAUUUCUGAACUUUGGAAAUGUACAUGUACCUCGGAAUGACAAUUCUUGGUUGUUUUUUGUUGGUUUUUAAUUUUGAGGGGGUUGAGUGGUUAUAACCUGUUAUACACUAUAGGCGUGUUUGCUGUAAUAGUAAUUUGCCAUACUUAUUAUGCGAUUGAAUUGAUUUCAAUUCAAAAUGGUUUAGUAUUACCUCGACUGUGAUAUGAUUUUGUUUACAUUGUCUUCAGUAUGUGUUUAAGGCCUAAACAGCUGUAUACCAUUGUAACAUUCUUCAAUAUUGAAUGAAUAAUUGGUAUUUUUAUGAAUACUGUAAUAAUAGAAAGAUGUUUCCUCCAUAUUAGAAAACUAAACACAAAACAAAGAAUAUAAUGUAUAAAACAAGAACAGAGUAUAAUGAAAGAAUUUAUUGAAUGUAAUUGGUUUUACAGUUACAAACUUGCAAAGCUACUUUAUUUUCUUGGUUUUUUUUUACACUGUAAAAUAUAUUUCUAUUUAUGCGCUUGCAUAAUUAUUUCCGUCCAAGUUAUUAUUUUCAAUAUUACAUGUAUAUUUUGUUGUUUUUGGUAUUUUUUGUUAUUUAUUUUAUUUCAAAGCCAUUCCAUGCAAAUCAUUUGCUGAUCAAUAGUGCUUCAUUAAAGGUGCAUAUCAUUAAAAUUCUCAAUGAUUCAUUGGACUUGAAAACCAUUCCAUGUAUAUAUCAGUUGUAUGAACACACAAUUAAACUUUAUUUGCAUUCCAGCAACAUCCAUCAACGUAAAUUUCUUUCUGAAAUCCAUGAUUCUCAAUCUAAUGGGUAUUCACAGUAUAAUGGGGGAGGGGGGGGGGGGGCUGUCUUUGAUUGUAGCCACAGAAAGACGUGCACAGACACUAUACACUUAUAACUACAGCUGUCAGGUGCAGAGCUAGAAGAGUUGCCAUGAACUUUCGUUGUCAAUAAACUAUAUCAAGGUGUGUUUUUAACAGCACUUGUUCCAGUUUAGACAAGUUACCUUUUCCGCCAGCUGCCGCCCCUCCCCCACCUCCCCCUCUUUUGAAAAACAAUAUACUACAUGCCCUGAGAUAAGAAUAAUUCAACAUACUUGUGAUUUAAUUUUCGAAUUCUAUUAAAGCAUGUAAUAUUCAAAACAAAACCUCACUGUGUGAAAUUUUUGCUUGCUGUUCUCAGAAGCAUAUGUAUGUAUGUAUGUAUCAUUAUUAGCACAACAUUUAUGGAAUUCUUUAGAUUUCACUAUUUCUAGCAAGAUAUCAGUAUCCUGUUUAUAACACCUGCUUUCCUUUGAUGGAAAUGUCAUGGUGCGACAUUUUUCUUUUAUAUGUCAUCUAUCCUAUAUUUACUAUUUUAUGGAAACUAAUAUUCAAGAAGUAAACCACCACCUAGGUGGUAACAAAUAAAAAUCUCCUUUAAUUAAAAGUGAUAGAUUUAGGCAAGUGGAAUACUGUGUAAGACACCCAGUAUUUCUAUAUAGAUACAAAGCCUUGUUUAUAUUGUGCUUUAUUAAAUUUCAUUUUCUAUUAUUUUUUUGUGUAAGUCUUUUUCCAUUUUGAAUUUUCUUACAUGUGUGGCUUAUCUGUACAAGUCAGAGUGAAUGAAACCAUUUACAAGUUCUUUAUCAUGAAGAAAUAGUGUUUGCAAAGAUGGGUUCAUAAAAUUUUCAGUGGGGGAGAGGCAAGAUGGCACUUUAUCCACUGAAACCUCAAAUGGGACAUUGCAGCCCUACAAGUUGGCACAAAAUAAUGUUUCAUGUCAAAUAUUCUAACAUAAAGGGAGGAGAUUGCACCCUUUUAUUAACCAUCCCUGCUCUGAAUCCAUAAUCACCAUUGGUGUGAAUGUGAUAUUUGUAUCAAAUUUAAAGUUCUAAUAAAAUUCACUGACCAAAUGGUGGUCUGUCUGUGACCUGGGGAAAAUCUCUAGAUUCUAUGAUAAUUAUAGUUAAUGUAGAGAUAAAGAUGCAUGUACCAUGUGCAUGCCCCUUUUCAUAUCAACCCAAGACCCCAAUAUCAGCCCCAGGGUUGAAAUGGGGUGUGGUAUGAAAAAGGUAUGUCUUAUUGUGAUGAUUAUAUACUUGCUGUAGUAAUAAUUAACAUCCAAACACUAAAACAAACAAAAAUUAUAGUCAUUAAUGGUAUUGUGGCUGUAUUUUAUCUUGGAAAUUAAUCGUUUUUAAAUCUUCAUUAUAUACAUCCGAAUUUUGAAAUAUGAAAAUUACAUCUUCAAUACAUACAUGACACUUAAAAAAAUCAAAGAUAUGCAUAGAUUUAAAUCAAUAUAUGUGAAUAGAGAGGUUUUGUAAGGGGAUGAAUUAUGGGGCUUGAAUGCUUCAUAACUCUGGUUUUGCAUUACAGAUACUUAAUGUCAGGGCACGAUAUGGCACAUCAGUGAUAUAUUUGCUGAUGCAAAAGUCAGUAUUUAUUACUGAUUAUGUAAUUAGAUCUAAUUUAUACAUUAUGUACCUUCAUACCAUCUGUUUGUAGACCAGAGCAAUUGUACACAUGGGGCAUUUCUGGGUGAAGAAAAUUUUUCAAAACUUUGAAGUUGAUGUUUCAAUAGCAGGCUAUUAACAUGGUAAUGCAAAAAUUGCAAAUAUAUUAUAUCUGUGCCUUCUCUUUGAUGAUAAAUAUAUUAUAAAAGUAUUAACUGUCUUAAUCUUAGAAUUGCAAUUAUUGUAGUCUGGGUUAUUGUGAUUCAGAUGUUUUGAGACAGAUCGAGUCUUUAGUACAUAAGAAAUAAUUUAUUAUUUGUACAUUUUUUUGACAAUUUAAAGCACUUUUUGGUGUGUUAGAAUUUUUGUCACUUGUUGAUUUACUCAGUACUGACAGGACUUAUAUAGUUCUUGUCAGUAAUGUAAAUAAUAAACAUGAAUGAUGAAGUGUA